AUGGCUUUUUCGCUCGCUGGCCGCUGCCUUGCCCGCUCCGCCCGUCGUCAUUGCGGCGGUAGGGUUUCUUCCAGUGUGAGAUGGAGCAGCUCCAUUUCACAGCGACCGGGGUCUGACCAUGUGCGCUUCCCCGGCGCUGUCGAUAGUAAAUUCACCUCCGACAUGUCGUUUUCGCGGCCGUCGAAUACGCCUGCGAUGGCUACGUACCGCGUGAUGGAUUCGGAUGGUGUUAUUGUUGAUAAAGCGCAUGAGCCUUCAGAUGUUCCCAACGAGCAGGUUCUGACGUGGUACAAGAAUAUGUUGACUGUUAAUAUAAUGGAUAUUAUCAUGUUUGAGGCACAGCGACAGGGUCGAUUAAGUUUCUACAUGGUUUCGGCCGGCGAAGAGGGAAUCGCUGUCGGGUCCGCAAGCGCGUUGACCGACGAUGACGUUCUCUUUUGCCAAUAUCGAGAAUCAGGUGUUUUCCAGCAGCGAGGAUUCACACUCAAACAAUUUAUGAGUCAAUUGUUUGCGAAUAAGGAUGACUCUGGUCAUGGGCGAAACAUGCCUGUGCACUAUGGCCUUGAAUAUCCCCGUAUAUACACGAUAUCUUCUCCUUUAGCAACCCAAAUCCCACAAGCUACUGGUGCGGCAUACGCCCUGAAAGUCCAAGCUCUACAAAACCCAAAUCGUCCAUCUCGCGUUGUCGCCUGCUACUUCGGUGAAGGAGCUGCUAGUGAAGGCGACUUUCAUGCGGCUCUAAAUAUGGCUGCAACUCGCUCGUGUCCAAUUGUUUUCAUCUGCCGAAACAAUGGCUUCGCAAUCUCAACACCGACUCUGGAGCAAUACCGUGGUGACGGUAUUGCCAGCCGUGGAAUUGGCUACGGCAUUGACACAAUCCGAGUGGACGGAAACGACAUUUUUGCUAUGCGUGAGGCGACCAAGGAAGCGCGACGUAUGGCUCUAGAAGAUGGCGGCCGGCCUGUGCUUGUUGAAGCUAUGAGUUACAGAGUCUCACACCACAGCACUAGUGACGACAGUUUCGCAUACCGUGCGAGGGUGGAAGUUGAGGACUGGAAGCGUCGAGACAACCCAAUCAUCCGUCUUCGUAAGUGGCUCGAAAACAAGGGUCUGUGGAACGAAGAAAUGGAGCAGCAGACACGAAAAGACUUGCGGGCCGAUAUACUUAAAGCUUUCAACGCUGCUGAGCGCGAGAAAAAGCCUGCCCUGAAGGAAAUGUUUGGUGAUGUUUAUGAGCAUUUGACGGAGGAGCAAGAAGCUCAGCGGGCUGAACUCAGGAAGCACUUGGAAAAAUACCCUGAGGAAUAUAACCUCAAUAGUUAUGACGGCGACUGGUUUAAAACACUUCAAGUCAUUUUCAUCCCGCCGUCUCCGACCAAGUUCUGUUCCUCGAAAAACGGUAUAAUGGAAAACCCUAACACUCUCGGCCCCAUCUCUGGCUCUGGUCCGGGAACCAUAUAUUUACGCCCUGAAUUGCGAGACCUUAAAAUCAUUGGGGUCGAGGAGCAUGUUGCUUUCCCCGAACUGUUGAAAUUGAUUCCUCGGGACGACUAUCUUGUUUCGACUUUCCAAACGGUCCUGAACAAUGGCGGAUUAGCAUACGCAGCUGGUCGACGCUCUGCAGGCGAACAACGGAUCAAAGACAUGGACGAAGGGCACAUUUCUUUUCAAGUUCUCAGCUUAUCGGGUGCAAUUGGUGUUAAUUUUAUGGCGCCUCAGCCUGGAUACGAACUCUCCGUCCAAAUCAACAAUAUUUUGAAAAAGGCUGUGGAAAAAUACCCAACUCGAUUUGCCGCUCUUGCCGAAUUGCCCAUGCAAGACCCAGAUCUAGCUGUCAUGGAACUGCAUAGAUGCAUCAAAAAAUUGGGAUUUGUGGGUGCGAUGAUGAGUGGCUCAAUCGGGGCGUCUGGGAGAUAUCUAGAUGGCCCAGAGUACGAUCCGGUCCUUGCUGCGUUUGAAGAGCUGGACGUCCCAUUGUAUCUGCAUCCCGGGGUAGUCCCCAAGCCCGUGAUGGAUACGUAUUACAGUUUUCCAGAAAAACCUCUUCUGUCGGCAACCUUUGCACAUAUGGGCUGGGGUUGGCAUAAUGAGGUUGCUAUCCAUCUCCUGCGCCUCGUCCUCUCGGGUGCGUUGGAAAGACAUCCCCGUUUGAAGAUUAUCGUUGGGCAUCAGGGAGAGAUGCUACCAAUGAUGAUACAACGCUUUGAUACUGUGUUUGACCAAGAGACUUUUGGUUACAAGAGGAGUGUUGGGGAGAUGUUGCGCAGCCAGGUUUGGGUUGCCAUAUCAGGUCUUUUCACUCUCCCUCCUACACUGUGCACAAUUGCCACUUGGGGAGUUGAUAAAGUGCUCUUUGCCAACGAUUAUCCGUUUAUCGACACCCAACGAGUUCCGGAAUUUGUUCGUGCAUUGGGCGAUGUUCUUUCGCCGGCGGAUUUGCGCAAGGUCUGCCAAAAAAAUGCAGAGCAACUUUUUAAGAUUACUGUAUGA